AUUAGUGUUCCUGCGGGUGCAAAAGGAAAAUAUGGUAUUUAUUGUAAAAGGAUCACUGACUAGCAUGGCCAGGUUGCUGGCCUACCGAUCGGCAGCCACUCUAGCCAAAACGAGCACUCCACUGGCCGAGCAGCGAUGGGAUCUGUAUGCCGGCGUACUCGUCGAGCGACUGCCGGUCGUCACGAAAACACUAGAGCCGAUUGAAGCCAAAUUCAAGGAAAUGUUGAACCAGAUUGAGCUAGAGAACAGUUUGAAGUCGAACCAUGAAAUGAGAAAAGAAACGGAAAAGCGUCAACUGGAGCUACUGAAAGCGGGCAAAAUCGAUCUCGACUCGGAAGCAUUGAAACAAACAGCCCAGGAUUUGGAGGAUGCCUACAACGAUGAGCAUGCCAAGUUUAAACCGGCCCCACGGGUCACGGAGGCCGACCUUAAGAACAAUGUCGAAUCUACCGACCGUAAGCUUGAAGAAGCGCUGGUGCUUCUUGUGGAGCAAAAGGUGGGAAACAAAAAUCAUUUUCUGCUGCCGCAGAGCCUACACAAGGCAGGAGAAUCAAUGCGUGCAACUGCUGAGCGAGCACUGAAGGAAUUUGGCGGAGACACGCUUCAGGUCACGUUUUACGGUAACGCUCCGGUGGGAUUCUACAAGUAUAAAUACCCGCCCACCGCUCGGUCGGACACCGUCGGCGCAAAAAUAUUUUUCUUCCGAAGCGUACUCAAACCAAACUCCGGAAACGCGACUAACAAUAAAUUCAAGCACAAGUGGUUGACUCAGGAAGAGCUGCAAAAACAACUACACGAGCCAUACUACAAGAGCGUAUCGCAAUUUCUCGUUUAACUCUGCCCCGCGAACAUUAGUAUAAAUA